AUGAGAAACAACGCCCGAAGACAAAUACCUCGCUGGUCACAUGCAAAGAAACGACAAUAUUUUCUCAUCUUCGCUGUUACUGCAGCAAUCUGUAAUGUCCUUUGGCUACUUUAUGUCUUCCACCCGAAAUUUGAUCAAUAUGUAACGGAAGCAUUUGAGAUCAGAAAUGUCACAUUUACGUCAUCGUUAUGCCCCGAAAUGAGAAGCCUUCACAAUAUUGAUGAUAUAGAACAAGAUAUGACGUGUCAACCACGUCCACCUUCUAAAAAAUCUUGUGAAUAUACUGCUGAACAUUUUAAAAUAUUGCAUUCUAAUUUAAUUUGCAAAGAUCAAGAUGAACCAUCCUAUAAUCUCUGCUAUCUGUCAAAUACUAUUAUGGACCAAUCAAAUGAAGGGAAAGUAACAUGUGACCUCUCGAUUUGCGAUAUUGAUAAAUAUCUAAUAAUAGAAGAGCUCGACCUGUCGAAUGGAAAUAUGAGGGGUCAAAAAGUGGAAAAAAACAAACGAGAUUCGAAAACUUUUGCAAAUCUUGUAAAGGCCGCUCUAAUACGAGCAAGAGAAAACAACGUUAAUUUCAUAUUUUUAAACUGCAUAAGGAAAGGGAAAAACAGAACAAUCUCACAAAUGAUUAGCAUUUUGCCAAAGUUGCAAUAUCUUAAACCUGAUGAACCUAAACCUCUUGGGGGAAAACUUAAUUUGAAUGUUUUAUUGCUUGACUCGAUUUCAAGAGCACACUUUUACCGUUCAUUUCCGAAGACGAUUGAAUAUUUGCGAACAAAACGAGACAAUAGAAAACCAAAAUCAGCGUCAUUCUUCGAGUUUCAGCUUUUUCAAGGUAUUCAUACAAAUACACACGAAACAGAGAAAGGUUUUUUUACUGGUGAACUGUACCCAAUGAAUUAUACCCAUAAACAAAAAGCAACUGAAACAUCACACCCAAAUGUCCUCUUUGGUAUUAUGAAAAACGCUGGAUAUCAAACGAUGUAUCUAGAAGAUAUGUGUCACACAUGGCCAAAUGGUCUCCUAUCCACUUUACACGUGAGAGGAUGGAAACCUUUGAGAAAAAAAAUUGAUAACUCCAAUAUUGACACAAUCGGCAUCACAUACUCCUCUUGCAAGAUUGUUUUAUCAGCAAACCCUGGAAGGCGACAUCAAUUUCGUGCAAAUAAACAUAAUCAAUUGUGCUACAAUGGAAAACACUUUCAUCAAUAUCACCUGGAUUUUUUAACUCGCUAUAUCAAGGCAGUGGAAAGCAGGCGCGGAUCUAGGGAUCUCCGUCUGGUGGAAAGCACUCCAAAAAGCAAACCACUCUUCUCAUACACAAAUCUGCGGGUGUCUCAUGAUGACGUUGGUCUUCGAGUGCAAACUGUGGAUCAACAUCUUUUGGAAUUCAUUGAAGAUAUGUCCCAGAAAGAAAAUACGCUGACAUUCGUUCUUUCUGACCAUGGAAACACGUACACUCGUUAUCAAAGACAUAAUAAAAUAAUAGAUGGAAGACUUGAAAUUAGUCAUCCUUUCUUAUUGGGCAUCAUUCCGUACAAUGUCGGUCAAAUAUUAGGAAAAGAAAUUUUAGACAAUCUAAAAAUAAACCAGCAUCGUUUGUUGAAUAUUUUAGAUUUGAGAGCUGGGUUAAUCGAACUUUCAAAAUAUAAUGGAGAAGCCAAGUUACGUCCUGCAGGUUUGCUAGGAAAUAUUUCAAAAUACAGAACUUGCAAUGACCUGAAAUUCACACGAUCCGUUAUUUGUAUUUGCAACGGUUGGUAUCUCCCAGUGAAGCUUUCCGCAGAACAGAUAAUCAUUGCAGAGUUUGCUCUUGGUAAAUUGAACAACAUGAUUCAAGAUUCAAUGACGAGCUCCAGGAUAGAAAAUAAAACUUCAAACGCUCCACAUUUCUUCUUUGGCCAUUGUCAACGAUUACAAAGAAGAUCAAUUAUAAACAUGAUACGUCGGAAAUCAGGUAAAGGAAAAAUAUCUGAAACAAUGGAUAUUCUUGUGCAGUCAAGUCACCUCAUAAAACAAAACGAGGUUUUGAAGGUUUCUACCGAGUAUAAUUCAGAUUCCAAAGAAUCGUACGAGAUCAAGUUAGUGGAUUAUAAGAGGUUGUCAACCUUUGGUAUAUACGAGCAAUGUGCUGAUCCAAACGUUGAACUUCAGCUGUGCAUAUGCAACAACAAAUCUCUUGCGCAAAACUUUACAAUGCCAUCAAAUGUUGAUUUAGUGCGAACCAAAAAGCAUCCAAUAUAUGACAUAGUCGGUAAAUCAGCUGAAAUUAAGGUACGUGAGUCUUGCAUUCUUCUAAUUCAACGAUUCAUUUCUGAUGCAAAUAUUCCAGGAAAUCUUCGUCAAGCAAUACGAAUAUAUGACGUAGCCAAUGUUUGCAAUGACAAAACUUUUAACGUCCACGUUAAUGAAACAAAUUCAAAGAGUAUUUCAACGGCGAAGCUUCCAAUGACUAUGAUCAUUCCUCCACGAACAUUAUACUUUGUGACCGCACUCAAAUCAUUGGUUGUGUCUUAUAAACCGAAGAUAGACUUGAUUAUAAACGUUGUUCGCCCUUAAUUGCGUCAGGUUAGAAGCAUUUGAUAAAGAUACGCUUAAAACCAUUUAUAAUGCUUUUGUUUUACCCCAUUUUGAUUAUUGUUUGCUGGUAUGGAAUAAUUGUUCCAAAACCUUGCAAAUAAAAUUUCAAAAGCUUCAAAAAAAUUCAGAUAUUUACCUCAGUGACCUUUAUACGAUCCGUACCAGCCAAACGUAUGAAUUGAGAAGAAUGCUCUACAC